UGCUACAGCCAAUCACAUUAGAGGAUCUCUCACCAACAACAAACAAAAGAUCGGGCUAACGUCUAUUGCGCUCUGUCGAUGUCUUAUUUCGGAUUAUAUUAUCCGAUUAGCCACAUAUAUGUUGUUUUAGAUUUCAAGAUUUAACUUCUGGAUUUGAUUUCGUAGCCUUUGUGCAUCGACAUCCUGGCAUAGUUAACAUCAAGUAGCUCCUACGCGUUGCUAGCCCAGUCAGGGAGCUAUUUGUGGGCUAGCUCCUUGGGCUAGCGAGCUAAAAAAGCAAAGACACCUUACUAUUUUGUGUCUUGUGGAUCCUGACAUUACAUAUAAAUAACAGCUGGAUAUUAGUAGAUAGCUAUCCAGCUAAAGGUAGCUGGUAAGCUGUUUGUAUUGAAGGAAUCUCAUCGCAAUGUCAGGGCCGUCGUCGGGCUGUGGGUUUCUGAUGUCAGUUGUUGUUCACGGGGACUUGGCUCUAAACGAGCAGGAAAAAGAGCUAAACCAGCGGCUUAGACGCCUUUACCCGGCCGUCAACGAACAAGAAACUCCACUGCCGAGAUCUUGGAGUCCAAAGGACAAAUUCAGCUACAUCGGCCUCUCUCAGAACAAUCUUCGAGUACAUUAUAAAGGUCACGGAAAGACCCCUAAAGAUGCAGCGUCUGUUCGUGCAACACACCCUAUUCCUGCAGCCUGUGGGGUCUACUACUUUGAGGUGAAAAUCAUCAGUAAAGGAAGAGAUGGGUACAUGGGAAUUGGUCUCUCAGCCCAGGGGGUCAACAUGAACAGACUUCCAGGCUGGGACAAACACUCGUAUGGUUACCACGGCGACGACGGGCACUCUUUCUGCUCCUCGGGCACGGGGCAGCCCUACGGGCCCACAUUCACGACAGGCGACGUGAUUGGCUGCUGCGUCAACCUCAUCAACAACACCUGCUUCUACACAAAGAAUGGCCACAGUCUAGGUAUAGCUUUUACCGAUUUACCACCUAACCUGUACCCGACAGUGGGUCUGCAGACCCCAGGGGAGGUGGUGGAUGCCAACUUUGGGCAGCAUCCGUUUGUCUUUGACAUUGAGGACUACAUGCGCGAGUGGAGAACCAAGAUCCAGGCCCAGAUCGAGCGUUUCCCCAUCGGCGAACGGGAGGGCGAGUGGCAGGCCAUGAUCCAGAAGAUGGUGGCAUCCUACCUGGUCCACCAUAGCUACUGCGCCACUGCCGAAGCCUUCGCCAAGUCCACGGAGCAGGCCGUUCACGAGGAGCUGGCCUCCAUCAAAAACAGACAGAGGAUCCAGAAGCUGGUCCUGUCCGGCCGUAUGGGUGAGGCCAUAGAGACCACCCAGCAGCUCUACCCCAGCCUGCUGGAAAGAAACCCUGACCUCCUGUUCAUGUUAAAAGUCAGGCAGUUCAUAGAGAUGGUGAAUGGGACUGACAGUGAGGUGCGCUGUCUUGGUGGGCGUAGCCCUAAAUCCCAGGAUAGCUAUCCUGGCUCACCCAGACUCUUCAAUAGCCCCACCCACAAACCUUCUGGUUCUCAGGCCUACCUGACAGGUUUUGAUGGCAACUGCUGUAACGGAGUUUUGUCCAGUAAAGGCCACUCCUCAGCUCAUAGCCACAAGCCGUGUCCUGUAACCAGUGGCGAUCUCGCUGUCCUGAACGGCAGCCGUACCCAGCAGGCCGGACUAAGUAAUGAAGUGGAGAUGGAGGUGGAUCAUAUCUCUAAUGGGGUGUCAGAGUCCUCCUCCAAUGGCUUCCUUAAUGGAAGCUCCACACACGGAGCAGAAGUCGAGGACUGCGACGCAGAGAUGGAAGUGGAGUCGGUCCAGUCCAAGCGGCAGCUGUGCGGGGGGAGCCAGGCCGCCAUCGAGAGGAUGAUCCACUUUGGCCGAGAGCUCCAGAGCAUGAGCGAACACCUCCGCCGAGAACGGGGCAAGAGCUCGGCCAAUAAGAAGAUGCUUAAGGACGCGUUCAGCUUGCUGGCGUACUCAGACCCUUGGAGUAGCCCUGUGGGCUACCAGCUGGACUCUAUCCAGAGAGAGCCUGUCUGCUCCACGCUCAACAGUGCAAUACUAGAGACUCAUAACCUGCCGAAGCAGCCUCCUCUGGCCCAGGCGGUGGGCCAGGCAGCUCAGUGUCUGGCUCUUAUGGCACGCACGGGCAUUGGCUCGUGUGCCUUCUCCUCUGUGGACGACUACCUGCACUAGCAGCGGCGGAGAGGCGGUCCUCCGCGCGGCCGCGCCGUCCCAGCUCCGCCCGCUGUCCCCAGUAACGGGCCAGGCCAUGAACCUCAGCCUGGGGCACCCAGUCUCCAUGCACCCCACACAUCAUGGCUCUCUUCACGAGACUGGACCCUCUACAGCCCAGGCUCCCCACACCUAAGGACAUGUUGGGGCAGGAUCCGUCAGGCCGACCCGGUUCCCAAACCAUUUUUUUUUUUUUUUGCUUUGUUCAGUUUUGAUUUUAGA